UUGUAGGUUGUUCAGUAAUUUAAGGGGAAAAAAAGUUCCAAUUUUUAAAGUUUAAAUAAUAAUUUACUUAUUCGUAUUAUUAUAGAAAUUUCUAAGAGUCGAAAUGUAUAUAUUUUGUAUUCAUGUUUGUGUAUCAAAUUGCCAAAUACAAUACGGGAGCUAAACAUAAUGCUAUUUGCGUACAUAUAUAGAACAUUUUGAUUCCAGGACGGUUGGGCGUUUUUACUUGUUUGGUAUUUAAAACCCACUCUACGUAACUCAAUAUCUAUCUCAAUAAAGAUUACUACCACGAAUGGAAGAAUUAUAUCGUAUAGUGCCCAAAUGUGCUACGACAUCAGAACAAAAUAUUGACCAAACGUAUUACGAUUACGUGCCCAGACGUGUUGCGUUUUGGGUAAAAAAAUAUGUUGUAGCUGUUUUCUCUGGACCUUCACAAAAGCUAGAUACGCUGAAAUACAAUCCUGGAUCAAUUGAUACAUUUUGGAAUUAUGCCGAUCACCAAUCUGUACCUACGUUUAUAGUCUCGUGUUCAAACAAGCACCGACAAGCGGCAUCAAGGUUUCGUCCUAGACCUUGUUGCUGACGAUCACGGUCCGGAGGCGGCCGACAAGAUAUACGCCGAUGGUGUUUAUAGUAAUAAUGAAAUCUUCGGAACGUUUUUUAGUAAUUACACGCCAGCUCAGUCGAUUAUUUUAACGAUACUAUUAUAUAGCAGAACAUUAUUAUGAUAUUAAGUUAUACAUAUUUUAUUCAGAUUUUUACAUAUUUUUUCAAGUUCCUUGAUUAGAUACGUCUCCUCCUACCGACCGUGGUUAGUAACCAGCGUGCGCAAUACAUAUAUAGGUGCAUGUCCAGGUAGAUGUAUACAUGAUUACACGAAUACUGUAUAAUGUUAAUAUGUGUCGGUGAACGCUGACUACCCACCCGCCAAUUCCGGCGGCACGGCGGGCAAAGGACGCGCGCACAGGUGGUGGCCAUCGGAAAUAAAGAUAAAUACUCGUCGCCGUCGCUAAGGUCAGACGUGAACGCUACUGCCGCCGUGAACUUGCCACCACCGUCGUCGUGCCCGCGGGUAUGUUAAUACGACGACUAAGACGACUACGACGACGAAGAGGGCGGCGACGGAAACAACAAAAUUACACCAAUGUAAUAUUAUUAUAUCAUUAGUUAGUUGCAUCUUAGUGAUAGUCGCUGCAGCAAGUCAAUGUCGAAGCCGUUGUUUUAGUCCGAAAAUACGAGAAUCACACGUGCGGUCCAAACGAAACGAACGCGAUGAGACGAUUUUUCGAAAAAGAUGUAAUAGCAAUUAGCGUGUGCUUUUUGUGGUGUUGUACCGUCACAUUGACUUGGAAAUCAAACUUUCAAUCGCCGAAAUGGGUACAUCAGAUAUCUAAUGAUAAUUUGACGGGUAUACCAAAAUCCGUUAUACAGCUUCAAGAUAGAAUUUUGUAUCCUACGAGACUUUUUUUACAAAACAUGUUCAGCUCACAGCAUCAAAUAGACAAAUCUCGGAUGUUACAGAGAACACAAGAUCGACAACUGAAGUCAUCCAAGUUUUUUUGUAGUACCAAUGGAACUAGAUCUGAAACAAGGCCAACGUCUGUACAUGAACUAAGACCAGGUGACUUUGAUGUAAUCGGCAGUGUCGGAGAUUCUUUGACAGUCGGGACGGGAAGCUUUUCGUAUUUUUUGCCACAAUUAGUCGUCGAUCAUCGUGGAUCAUCGUGGACAGCUGGUGGACAAGGUACAUGGAGAGAAUUUUUAACUUUGCCAAAUAUUUUGAAAGUAUUUAAUCCAAAAUUGAUUGGCUAUGCGUAUGGCGAUGCAUUGGCUGAACAGCGUUUUUCUCAAUUCAACGUAGCUGAAAUCGGUGCUCUCAGUAGAGACCUACCAUUUAUGACAAGAGAACUGGUGAAAAGAAUGAAAAUGGAUAAGAGGGUUAAUAUAACCGAAGACUGGAAGUUAGUAACAAUGAUGAUGAGUUCAAAUACCUUUUGCUUAGAACUGUGCUACGGAGAUUAUACUACGUAUGCUGAAAAACAUAAACAGGAAGUUUUAACAGCAUUAUUAUACAUAAAAGAAAAUUUACCACGGACUAUGGUCAACUUAAUUUUAAGUCCAAAUUUAGAAAUUAUACUUAAAUUCACAAAUCUGCCAAGAAUUUGUUUUUUCACUCACAUCCUAGAGUGUCCAUGUUUGUAUUCGAUACAGUACAAACAUAAAUUGCCAGAUUACAUAAAAGUAAUGAAACAGUUUCAAGAAGUUGAGAAAGAAAUAGUGGAAAAUGAAGAAAUGAAGAAUAAAGAUGAUUUUACAGUUGUACUCCAAGCAUUUACAGAACAUCUACAAUUCCCAUUAAAUAGGUUUAAUACUACAGAUACAACGUAUUUGGCGAGUGAUUGUUUCCAUUUCAGUCAAAAAGGUUAUGCCAGAGCUGCAAAUGCAUUAUGGAACAAUAUGAUGGAACCAGUUGGUCGCAAAUCGACUAACUGGUCUAAAGAAUUCGAUCGAUUUAUGUGUCCAACAAAAGAAGUUCCAUACGUUAGUACGUGGAAAAAUAGCAUAAUAUCAUUGUGAUUGGUUCUAACUUCUAAGUACGUUGUUUACACUUGAAUAUCUUUGAUAUGUAUUACAGCAGUUUUGUAUAUUCUCACUUAUGUAUUAUAGGUAUAUAAUAUUAUGUAUAAAAUAGUGCUUAUACGUUAUAGUAUUUGUUCACAUUGCCUCAUUUCGUUACCUAUUAUAUUAUCUUUUGAUUUUCAUCAUAUUGACAAUAUUGUAGGUCUCAUAGUUAUGUAUAUAGUUUAUCGAUAUAAACAAUUAACAGUUACCUACAUUUAUAUCAUUUCAACUGUAUAUUAUAUUGUAUAUAUUUAAUAGCAUAGCCCACUCAUAACAAUUUUCAUAUUAAGUAAUUAUAUAUUUUAUUAUUUUAAAUUGCAAGCAUAUUUAUAAUUUUAAUUUUCCGUAAAUAUGUACAGUUAUAUUUUAAUAACUAGCCAAUUUUAUAGAAAUCCGUGAAACUAUUUAUCGUUUAAAUCAUAUUAUACAGUAAGUACCUAACUAUAAUAGUUAAUCUAUGUUAACAUAGGUGCGCCAGUAAUUGCUAAAAGCCUUUACGACUUAGUACGUAGUUUAACAUACUGUUACAAGUUUGCAACCAUCAUAAUACAUUGUAGUUUUCACAGUACACACGUUUAAUUUUUUAAUUAUUAAGUCAACAUAGUGUUGAGAAAAAAAUGUAAAGUAAUGAUCAAUGAUAUUAUACCUAUUUACCAAUAUGUUUCGUGUUUAUUAUAAAUAAUAUGUAUUGUGCAUAGACUGAUGCGACAGUUAUAACAUCACGUUAGUUUGUUUAUUAUUUACUAAAUAGAAUAGAUAUAUAUAAAUAAAUUUAGAUAACAAAUUAAGAUCCAUAAUAAUUAAAAAAAUUAUUUUUUGUUAAGUUUUUUUAUUUGUUAAAGUUAAGUUUUUAGGUCUCAAUGUUAAUUUUUUUUUAAAUAUUAUAUAAAUCACUAAUCAUAAGUUAUUAAUUAUUUAAGAAAUACAUACUACAAUAAAGUUAAGAUUUAGUCAUUCCAACUAAAUCGAGUUAAGGUUAUUAAUAUAAUUACAAACCAUUCUAGUAUUUUUUAUAAAAUAAGUAAUUUGUAUUGUACAUAAUAUCUUAAUAAUGUAUUAGGUCUUAAAAUAUUUUAUUCUGUAAUUUUUGUAAAAUAAAUUUAAUUAUUUAAAAAAAUAUAUUAAUUGAACCGAUAUAACAAUAUUUAUUGAACUAGUAAAAUUUAAUUAGAAAAAUUUACGACCUGUAAUAUAAGAAUUGUAUUGUAAUAGUGUUUGACAAUUUUAGUGCCUAAUAACAUAACUUUAAUGUAGGUGCUUAUCUAUAUUUGAUCAUAACUAUAGUCUAUAUUAUUAUGAACUAUUAAGUAUUCAUACUAUAUGACUAGUUCGUACUAGAAAAGUUAUAAUAUAAUAUUAUAUGUUAUAAGUUCUAAAAAUAAGAGUCCAUAUAUUAACACUGCUAUUAUAGUGUAUACUAUAAAUGAAAACAUAGUACUCCUAAUAUACAUAUUAUUCAUAUAUAACACCUAUAUAUAUAAUAUAUGCAUAAAUAUUUAUAGUCUGAUUUAAUUUGCUUGCAGCUAUUGCUUCUCACAAUUUUAUUUAACUUUAUCUAACUAUUAACUAUGUACCAUUUUAACAGUACAAAUUAAAGUGAUAAAAUAAUUGAUUUUUAAGAAAGCUUAAAUGCUGCUUGUGAAAUAUUUCAUAUAAAUCUAUUUUGUAGCAAUUUAUCAAGAUAAUGGAUAACACGUAUUAAAUGUACUAUUAUACCACGCCCUAUAACACAGUAGUUAUACGUUAUCAAAAACCAUUCUAGUUGAAAUUUAUUCUAAGUCUAUUUUUCUAAAACAAACCUUUCAAGAAAUUUUGAUAUCACUUAGUUAUUAUACCCAAACUCAAUAUCUAAAAAGCAAAAUUACGAUAGGUAUUCAAAUCAAUAAAUAGUAGGUACUUGUAGCAGUGCAUAAAUGUAACAAGAUAUUGUUACAGUAAAAAACUAGUAGGUGCCUACAAUUAAAUGCAGUAUUGCACUAAAAUUACCGAAUAUUAAUUUUAUUUUUGUAUGAUUAAUUAAUAUAAAAUAAAAUAAUGUUUAUUUUCUUAUUUUACAAUUAAAUCAUUAAUAACUGUAAACUAAAAAAACUGACGUUUAUUUUAUUUUAUAUCUGUCACACGUUGGUGAAAUUGUAUUAUUUAUUAAAUGAAUAAAAAUUUUAAAUAUAAUUAUCAUGUACUGAUAA